GAAAGAAGUACCAGUAUCAGUGUUUACUAACAUUGUGUAGUAGAAGAAGGUGAAUGAUUUUAUAUGAAACAAAGUAAGCACAUCGCAAAGGUCUAACUGGAGCAUGCAAUACGCAUUCAAUAAAGAUUUUCACCACGACAUCACUCGUGAACUACAAGUUGUACCACAAGAUCAACUACGACAAAAGGACAUAGUGGUACUACCUGGAAGGUGGACGUACCGACGUAGUAAAGCAUCAGACGGCUUCCUGAAAAACCCUUCGCCAACUUCUACCUACAACCACACGUACUACGUACUGGGAGGUGAAGAAGAAAUCAUACGAAGCGCCAGCCAUUGCAGCAGCCAUGGAUCCAGCGGAACUCUUUGGGCCAGCCGAGGAGAGGCCUAGAACUCGCUCUCAUUCUAUGACGCAUUUCUCUGCGUAUUGCAAGGAGAAGAUUGAGGAGGCUAUUCAGGUACUACUCGUACUUACAAAAAUCCUAUCGUGCAUGGCGAUAUGUCAUGAUACGUGUCUAGUACAUGAAUGUAGGUUCUGGUAAAUUAUCUACACGCUCUUGAAUAUUACGCGUGGUAAACUUGUAAAGAUGUCGGAUUGCCUGCAGAAUACCUACAUGACAGUAGAAGUUGUUACACAAGUACGCUCCACCCUAAAUUUUUGUUCUCUUGAUCCUUUUGCACUGCGGUGUACCAGGACUUAGACGCGAGAAAGAAGACAGUGGAACGGAUGAUGUCGCCUGAAAAGAAAGGUCGAAAAUUGACGAAGGAGGAAGUCCGACUUCUGGCGUUGCACUUGUCGAAGCCAAGGGGAACGCUUAUACCGCGUUCAGCGUCCCAACAACAACGCAGGCAAAAGCGUCGUUUUCGACGAAGUACGAAAGAUGGACCAAUACCAGUUGGCAUGACGCGACCAGGAGAGGAGCUAGGAUUUGAUAGGCCUGCAGGUGUAGCGAGUGUGGAUCUUGGGGUACUUCCAAGUACUUGUCUGUUUUACGUCUGAGCGACCGACUUUGGAAUGCUGAUGACCUCGAGUUUCAGAACAAUCAAUAGGUUGAUGACGUGAUGCACGUUCUAAUGUGUCGUAAGCUCUAGUUUAAUUUGGUGCUGCCUUUCAUUUGAUAGUUUCUGACACGGACUUCUACAUCGCAAAUGCCCCUGUGAUUUCCUCCACAGGACGAAUCGGAUAAUGAAGUGGGUGAGAUGAACGAUGAAGAGGAGUACGGGGCGCAUCCAAAUGAUACCUACCGGAAAAUGGGUGCAACUGGUGCGUCGCCAGAACCAGGCGGCCGCAGUAAAGCAGACUCAUCCACCAAAUCGAAUACAACUAAUAAAGCAUCGUCGUCGACUUCUGCUGCAGCCCCUCCUGGUGUCGGCAAGAAUAAGAGCCCGGCGGUACCAGGUGGCGUUUCCAGAGCAGGCGUUGUGCCGGCGACAGCUCCGACAAGUAACUUUUACGGAGGCUCGAUGGACGGGGGUGUGCAUCACCUGCGAACAAGCCGGCACGAACGUGGCAAGCGGCAUGAACGGAAGAGCCCAUUAGAGCAGAUUCUCAGUGGCUGCCUCAACGACAAAGAUCUACGGCAGAUGCGCACGACGGGUCUGACGCAUCCUGUAGUAAAGCUUGAUCCUGGACUGGACCCGAGUAAAAAAGCACACGAUCAUGAGGAUGGUUCAUCUUCGGACGGUGGGCGACCGCACUGGCAAGAACUUUCUGAAACGGACGAAUCUGCAGAACACGCCGUUUCGGGUGGAACAGAUCCACGACUACGAGGAGGACAGAAGAAACAGGGUGAGAGGUCGAAGAUACGUGGCGGAGGUGCUACCUUUGGUGCACAGACUUCAUCUCUAAAUCUUCCGCGUGAAGAUCACGAGCAGGAAGAACUGUACAGUGGUAGAGGAGGCAGUAAUUUUGAAGGCAGGAUAUUACCAGGAGAAGUUGGAGGAGAGGAUCAACGUGACUUGCUCAAUAGGAGCAAGGUCGAAGGCCAACGCAACAUCAGGAACAGAGGCAGUUGUUUUAGUGGUAGUACUGCAUCAUCCUCAUCUAGGACCUCGUCUCGCGCGCAAAGCAGUCGUGGUGGUCGGAGAGACUACAACUACUUGGAGCCGACAGUUAUGACAAAGAGAAAUGGGCAUGGACUCCCCCUUCAUUAGAGCCAUUGUGACGAAGAACAUGAACACAUAUAUUCUUGAAGAUAUCACAGGUGCGAUCAGCCUGUUGAGAGGCACUUAUAAUUGAACUAGAGAACUGAUGAAAUAGAAGUUUCCCUAUUGAAGUAGAGAAAUACUGGAUCGCUUUAUUGAUUAUCCAAACUAUUUAGAGAAACUCGUAGGCAGGAGGCAGCUGAAUUCUUUUUGGGAUCCCUUUCACCGUAUGAUAUAUGCGUCUUCCAGCUGUGGAUAUCCUCUCUCUGGAAUCCACAACUUGAUACCGCUCUUCUAAGACAGAGACGAUUGAGCGGAUGGGAUUUUUGCACGACCAGUUCGGUGGAGGCAAAGUGCUUCUUCGGGACUUUGCCCUUCAGGAAGCUAAAAGAAUGCGCAAAGAACGUCGCAUGCGAGAAGAAGCACUUGAAAGGGUCCGCAGAGCAGAGGAGCAACGCAUGAUUAUGAGAGAGUGACAUUUUUGGCGAAUAUUCGAUUCCUAUGUUGUGAAUCUUGAUCAUCUACUUUAGCAGUAACAGUUACAGUAAGAGCAGGGACAAUAAUAGGAGGAACAAGUAAUUUGUUUAGGGAGACGAACAGCGUGCAAUUGUCGUGCAGCAUGUUUUUUUGCAGAAUGAGCACGCACUCGUGCUUAGUGAUCAACUACAAGUUGAGUGAAGAUUUAAGCAAGACAGAUUUUCACAUUUUAUGUGAAGACUAUCUGUCUGAUUCCCUCUCUCUAACCCGAUCAAUCCGUGGGAAAAAGCGUUGUUAGAACGUCGUGCGCGCGUUACCGGAGAGAACAUCGAUGGGUCAACGCACGAAGGCGCAGCUGGCGGUGGUGACAGUGAACACUCCGGUAAACAAGAAGGACGUCAGAUCAAGGGAAGCUAUAGUCCCGGAAAGAAACGAAAAGGUGUACCGAGACCUUUUGCGCCAAACCUCGAAUUGGCCGAAAUACGACAAAGGCGUGCGCUUGAGCAGAGCAGUGGUACGACAAGGGAAACACGCGCCAGUCCCGGACGAAGGAAACCAGGCUAGAAAUCACUACUCGCGUUCUGUAUCUAUUUCAUCUUCAAGUACUUCUAUUUAUUAUGUUCAUCUCCAUGCUACUGUGAAUAUAAUGAAUCUUUUCCCAAUUGCGUGUAUAAAGUUCGAAACUCCAAAUCGUGUAGCUUAGUCUUGGAGUUGUCGUUGUACAAUUGUUGAUAAUAGGAAAGAUGAUUGUAAAUUUAGAAACAUUGUACUUGUAGUUAUAGUACACUAUGGCCAGUCCCAGUUCUCUGCUUUGUGGUGACAUUUCGUAUUGGCACUUCUGUACAUGGUCUCCACUAGUGUGUGUAUUCGUCUAUACCUCGUCGUUGUGCAUGACAUAAAUCGCAACAUAUUCUCUAGGAUCUCAUACGUCCUCGUAGUCUCUCAUACUACAAACCAGAGCAAGUGUAAUUCAUCGACCUCCAAAGUAAAAUUAUGUGUAGCUGCAUCGACAUUGUUGAAGAUUGUGUGGACGACAGACGAGGCUGGUCCAAUAUGCAUAGUGUUUGGAAACGACACCCUAGAGGGUCUUGUCGCACUAGGGCUUCAGUUGCGAGAAGGCACUGUCUCUUCGGAUUUUUUCAAGAAAGCUUGUGCAUUCCUAGCUCUCUCUAAAAUGAAAACAUAUGCGGUGAAGAUGAAGGUGGACAUGAAUUUAAAAUGUGGCGGUAGAAAUUGUAU